AUGAGCUUGAAAUUUACCACAGACCAGUAUUAUUCUUAUACUGGGUUCAAAGCUAGAUACUGGAUUGUCAUGCACGGUUGUUUUGAUUUGGUGAUAAAAAAUGGCUAUACAAUUUCAACAAACCUCAUCGGAUCUAACGCGACAUUUCAUUGCAUCGAAGGAUUUGAUUUCAGUGGUCACAAUUUUUCAAGUUGUUUGGAAAACUCAGAAUGGUCUAAUAUAAACGUUUCUUGUCAACCAAAAGACUGUGGAAUGCCUCAUCUACUAAGUAAUGGAAAGGUGUUGUUAAAAGACAACAAUUCAACGUAUGGAUCUAGUGCCCGCGUUAGGUGCAAAGAUGGGUAUAUUGUAUAUGGCUAUAAUGACAGCGAAAUAACUCUACAGUGUAUAGAAACUGGGAAAUGGAGUUCAGAAAACUACACGUGUGUCCCAGUGGACUGUGAAGACUGGGUGGAGUCAAAUACAACCUCAUCUUCUGUCACCUAUUCCAAUUCUACCAUCUAUGGGUCCAAAGCGUUUUUGAGGUGUGACUUAGGCUUUCAUAUUGAACACACAAGGGAUGUCUUCACCGAAAUUGUAACAUGUACUGCAAAUGGAGCAUGGAGCAAACGUUUCCCUCCAACAUGUGUUGCGAUUGGAUAUAUAGGAGAAAUAACCCGGCAUUGCUUGAUGGAUGGAACGUGGCUGUACCCAAUUUACAACUGCAUUCACAAGUCGAUAGCAGAAAUAUCGCAAGCGCUGCAGCAUCCAACAGAAAAAGACAUUCAAAUCAACCUUCUGAAGUUGUCAAACCUAACCUCAGUCACGCAUUCAAAUGGACGCCCGGCAUUUGGUGGUGAUCUGAAUCAAGUGACCAACAUUUUAGAUACCAUUGCGACCAUUGGGGAAAACAUUUCUGACACAACCGAACAGACAGAGUCGUUCCUGUCCGUUAUAAGCAACUUGCUAGAUCAACAAAAUGCAAAAUCCUGGCAAGCGAUGGAGAAUGAUACAGAACUGACACUGGAACGUCAAGGAGCAAUGAGGGUUUUGAAUGUCGUUGACAAAUAUGUCGCCUUAAUUUCUGAGGGUAUAGGGGACCUUGGCAAUACAUCGAAGACAUUCGCUGCUUCAAAUCUAGUUGUGCAUGUAGCAGGAAUAUACAACACAACAAAUGAUGACAUAUCGUUUCCUGGAAAUAACACUAAUUUAGGGAUUUCAAGCGCACUACAUUUGCCAAACAAAUCUUUGAAAGAUUCAAUGAAGUACUCGGCUGUAUUUUACAGAAAUUUGUCUGGCAUCGUCUCUGCUUCGUCAAACGAACACAGACCUUUGGAAAGAAGCAUCAACACCGAAAUUGUUUCUGUAAAUAUGGACAACUGGGAAUCUAAUCCUGCGUUUGAAAUAAUCCUUACGUUCACGCAUUUUGAGAAAAGCCUGUCUUUUCCAACCUGUUCGUUUUGGAAUAAAUCAGAGUCGGUUUGGGACAGCAGUGGCUGCGUGGUUAUCGACACAAAUACAUCUAUUACAGUCUGCAGUUGUAGUCAUCUUACCAACUUUGCCAUUCUAAUGAGCCCAUUUAUCCAGGAUAAUGUGAACACCAAAGCACUGGAUAUCAUUUCCAUUGUCUGCUGCAGUAUUUCGAUGCUGGGUCUGGUGCUAACAGUGGCGUUACACAUAUACUUUCAUAGAUGCAUGAAAACUGACCAUACACGAAUAGUUAUUCUCAUGAAUUUAUCGACAGCUCUUAUUUUGUCUUAUGCGUUGUUUCUGGGUGGAGUAGACAGAACAGGAAACAGGGUAGUUUGCACUACAAUAGCUGCCCUUCUACACUACAUCUACCUCGUAGUGUUCUGCCUCAUGCUCACGGAAGGACUGAACAUAUUCAUGUCUGUCCGUUUUGUAUUCACCACAAAGUCGAAGUUUAAGUGGAUCAUUGUGGCGGCUUGGAUUUUUCCAGCGGUGAUAGUAGGGAUAACUUUAGGAGCCGGUAGAACGUAUGGUUACGAAACUGAACACUUUUGCUGGUUGUCAGUAGAGAGUGGAGUUAUUUGGGCUUUUGUCGGACCAGCUCUUGCAAUAAUAACGGUAAAUGUUGUGAUCCUGGUCGUCGUUAUGAAGACGAUGUUUGGGUCCCAUGCAAUAUCACAAAGAAGUACAUUAUACAAAUCUAAAAUGGCAGUUAGAGGCCUUCUGGUAUUAUUACCAUUAACUGGAAUAACAUGGGUGUUAGGGAUAAUUUACGUCAACAAAAGCAUGGCGUGGGUGCAGUAUGUAUUUGCAGUGUGCAAUUCUCUGCAGGGGCUGGUUAUUUUCAUCUUUCACUGUGCCUUAAAUACACAGAUUCGUGAUGCUGUAUUACAAUGCAGAAAACGCAGAGAAACGGUUAUGCUUACUCAGAUGAAAAGAAACGAGAUAUUACCGGCGGAAUUAUGAGAAUACGAAAAGAGAUGAAGAAGAAGACAAUACGUCAGCUCCAUCUCCUACAAACAUAAACUUUAUCUUGUAAGCUUUAACAAUUUUGCAAAAUAAUGCAUGGGAAUUUAAAGCUGGAAGAAGAUUACACAAAGACACUUAAUUGCAUUGUAAUGAUUUAGCAAGGAAUAGAAAUAUAAGGGAAGGUUUGCUUCUCUCUUUGUGAAAUUUGCACAUUUUAGGUGAGCAUUUUUAUGUGCUAUAUGGGGCUGUAAAUGUUCGAAAGAACCACAUAGUUUUUUAUUGACCGGCAUUCAUUUGAUCUUAAUAUUUUAUAUGAUUGAUUACUGAACCAUGCAAGUUCGGAGACGCUCUGGACCGAGAUAAUAUUUCGAAAUAUCCCAUUUUUCCAACAAUCCUCUGCUGUAAAUUGUCAGACGCUUAAAGUUCUGAAAAAUAUAUUGUGCUUAGAUGAAACUGAAAUGUAAUAACGAACCAAAUGUAUAUAACUUAUGACAUGAAACUAGCCGUACUUUGUGACGUAGCUUUUUAUUUUAUAAUGUCCAAAAUUACAUACGGAAGGAGCGGGUGAAUUAAGACUUAUGAAAAACAUGUAUGAUUUAAAUCCUUUUAAAAAUCCUUACUAGAGAAGAAUUUUAAGAUAUUUUUAAGCCAGAGACACAACUUGGCACUACUGUGUAAUACUUCAGCUGUUAUGAAUCCUGGUUGUAAAACCCAGAAAUCAGACUUUAAUGAAUAAAAAGCCUAAGCGAUCCUUUCAGGCAUACUCAUACAAUACGUUUCUCUUUCAACGAUAUUUUUUCCAAAAUAAUAUCGGGAAGGGGAAGGGAAUAAAUUAAAAAUUAAUGUUUGAUUUAAUAAAUAUGGUAGGAACUGGCAAGUAUGUUUAAUUCAUACCCUCUUAAAAAUCAAUAAUGAGGUGGAAAUAAUCGAGUAGGUAACACAAAUAAUUUUUAUGUACCUUGUAUCCUUUUUUCACAUUGCUAGAGAAAAUCGAAUCGUUUGGAAUAUAGGACAGGUAUUUUUAUUUGGCUAAUGUCGGGAAAGAAACAAACUACCUCGUCUGUAGUAUAUAAUGCUCAAACAUAAAACACUGCCUAUUAGUGUGUAUCCUGUAAUCAUAAAUGUAUCGUUUAAUUUUACAACACAAUUGUA